GCAGUUUCGACAUCUUCCUUCCUCUUUCUAAAACGAGUAAACCAGACAUAAACACGCACACAACAGUGUAUUUUUUCAUUUUGUCACGAAGCAUCCAUCAGCUUUUAUGAGAUUUAGCAGUUUGUCAUUUCAGAUAUCUGGACUGAAACCGCUGGAGAAAAUGAGACAAUUUCUGAUCUGUUUGUUGAUGUGGCAUCUGACUGGUGUGUUUGGUGCUGAAGUGAUGUCAGUGUCAGUGAUGGAGGGAGAUUCUGUUACUCUACACACUGAUAUUAAACUACAGAGAGAUGAUCUGAUACAGUGGAGCUUUCAAGAGUCUCUCAUAGCUCAAAUUAAUAGGGAAGCCAAUAAGAUCUCAAUAAAUGCUGAUGUUCUUGAUGGGAUAUUCAGAGGCAGACUGCAGGUGAAUAAUCAGACUGGAGAUCUCACCAUCACAGACAUCACAACUCAACACACUGGACUUUAUCAAGUAACCAUCUACAGCAAUCUGAAGAUCUCAUACAGAUUCAUGAUUACUGUCUAUGCUCAUCUGCCCGUUCCUGUCAUCAGCAGAGACUCUUGUUCAAGCUCAAAAUGUGUGUUGUUGUGUUCAGUGUUGAAUGUGAGAGAUGUGAGUCUGUCCUGGUACAAAGGAAACAGUUUAUUGUCCAGCAUCAGUGUGUCUGAUCUCGACAUCAGACUCUCUUUACCUCUGGAGGUUGAAUAUCAGGAUAACAACACAUACAGCUGUGUACUCAACAAUCCCAUCACGAACCAAACUCAACAUCUCAACAUCAAUGAUCUCUGUCAGACGUGUUCAGGUGUGUUUGGUGAUGAAGUGAAGUCAGUGUCAGUGAUGGAGGGAGAUUCUGUUACUCUGUACGCUGAUAUUACUGAAAUACAGAGAGAUGAUGUGAUACUGUGGAGGUUUGGAGAUCAAGAGUCAACCAUCGCUAAAAUCAACAGAGCAGCUAAUAAGAUCUCAAUAUAUGAUGAUGUUCUUGAUGGGAGAUUCAGAGACAGACUGCAGGUGAAUAAUCUGACUGGAGAUCUCAUCAUCACAAACAUCACAACUCAACACACUGGACUUUAUCAAAUGAUCAUCGUUAGACAGAUCUCAUACAGAUUCAUGAUUACUGUCUAUGCUCAUCUGCCCGCUCCUGUCAUCACCAGAGACUCAUCUUCAAGCUCAAAAUGUGUGUUGUUGUGUUCAGUGUUGAAUGUGAGAGAUGUGAGUCUGUCCUGGUACAAAGGAAACAGUUUAUUGUCCGGCAUCAGUGUGUCUGAUCUCAACAUCAGACUCUCUCUACCUCUGGAGGUUGAAUAUCAGGAUACAAACACAUACAGCUGUGUGGUGAACAAUCCCAUCACAAACCAAACUCAACAUCUCAACAUCACUGAUGUCUGUCAGACGUGUUCAGACUCUUGUCAAUGAUAAGACUGAAGCUGUGAUUCGAUUGGUCAUCUCUGCUCUGGUGGGCGUGGCUGCUGUAGCUGCUUCUAUUGUUUUGAUUUAUGACAUCAGAUCCAGAAGAGAUUAACAGAAGAGAAGAUCAUAGACAUCAGCAUCAGAUUCUCACUCAUUAAUCACAUCUGAGAGGCUCAAAUCCAGGUGUUUAGGGAAUAAAAUGCAAAAAUAUAAAAAACUAAUGACCGAAAUAUUAAAUCAUCUUAUUUUCUUACUUCCUUUGUAAUUCUUUUUUAAAAUAAUAAAAGUCAUUCUUGUUUGUGGAUUUUAAGGGACUUAAAAAUGCUUCUUGAUUCUGAUUGGUUGAUCUGUGGUUAAAGUCUUACGUCACACAUCUUUCUUCUGAUGUACACAACACUGCUGAAGCUCCUCUAGUGUCUGAACAUCAAAACAUAUUCAGCUUCUAACAGAGAUUAUAAUAAACAUCUUUAAAUCA